AGCGCGUGACCGAGCCCGUCCUUUCGUGUUCCUGUUGAGGUGAAGGCGGCGGGAUGUGUGAGGGCGUGUUCAGUCAGUGCCCGCUGCUCCUACCCCAGGACCUGCGCGGGAGAGUGUACGAUGGCUUCAUCAGGGCGCAGGAAAAGGACUUUCGACUCAGGAUCAUUUUGCCGACAGAUUUAAAACUACAAAAUGCCAGGUUAGAGUGCAGUUGGCAACUGAAGAACGUUCUGCAUGGAUAUCUGCACCUCCUGAAGCAGAGGUUGCAGCACAGUCCAAAUCUAAGCAGCUUUAUGAUGGAGCUGAAGACUAUAUUGGAUUCUGCUCUGAAGAACACAAAUUCAAUAGAAGCAUCUCCUGCUCCACAGUAUUAUUCUUGCCUGGUUACGGACAUAGAGAAUUUAGGAUGGGAUAAAUUAUUAUUUGUAGAUGAUGAGUUUCGUACAAUCAAAUUAAAAAUUAAAGAUUCUUCAGGACGUGAACACGUAAUUGUUGUGAGCCUAAGUGCAAAGUACCCAUAUAAAGCUCCAGAUUGUUGCGUAGACUUACCAGUAGCAUUUUCCGUCUCAUGGACACCACAGAGUAAUAUACAGGACAUAUACAACCAAGUUUUGUCUACCUUGGAGUCACUAAAAAGUUUUUGGGAUACAUUAGAUGAAAUUGACACAAAAACAUGGGUACUCGAACCAGAAAAGCCAACGCGUAGUGCUACAAUGAGAAGAAUUGCAAUUGGUAACAAUGUGUCCAUUACAAUUGACCUGGAUCCAAGACAUCCGACCAUGCUUCCAGAAUGUUAUUUCCUUGGAGCAGAGCAUGUGGUACAGCCCUUAAAAGACAAGCUGAACAGCAAAGUACAUCUAUGGGAUCCUGAGGUUGAUGUCCUGCAAAACUUGAAGGCUAUUUUAGAAACUGAUUUCCCAUCAAAAUCUGAUUUUGAGAAAUCCGAUUUUACUAUGGACUGUGGGAUAUGCUAUGCUUAUAGGCUUGAGUCCGCCAUUCCAGACCAAGUUUGUGAUGAUCCACACUGUGCACAGCCCUUUCACCAAGCCUGUUUAUAUGAGUGGUUAAAUGGGCUCCCCUCGAGUAGACAGAGCUUUAACAUCAUAUAUGGGGAAUGCCCUUACUGCACCAAGCCAAUCACCCUGAAGCUGCUUAAUAAGCCAUUUUGAAGCUCUCGGAAAUAUAGUGGAUCUCAGGCACCUGAGGAAGAUGGAGUGGAGUUCAUCACAGUACAUAUAUUAGAUAAUAGAUCAUCAGCAAAAGUAUUGGAACUGUUAAACUGUAUUUAUAUAUAUCUUGACGAUUGUGAAGAUGGUCCGGUUCAGUUGAAGACAUCUGCGUUCUUUUCAAGUAGUUAUUAGGAUCUUUAUACAAUACUUUGUAAUCUUGAGUAACAUGCACAUUUUGUGGUCUCUGUAAGGAAACAUUUAAAAAAAAAA